GCAGUGUAUAUAUGGGCUCAGAUGCCCUGUGCAGAGCCUCACAGGUAGCGUUUCCCUCCUGGCUGGUUGUGACCAUGUCAUCACUGUAUGCUGCUGAUAUAUAAUGUUAUCUCAAUUAAGACUGCUUGUGUUUGCCUGUACUUGAGUUCUGAAUAAUGAAGCCUCCCAAUAUUGUGUUUGGCACUGGUAAUAUCAUUAUAGCCUGAGAUGAGUUGCUGCCUGUCAGGCUGUAAGACGGGGGAAACUUAACAUAUUUUCACGCAUGCGCAUUGACUGCGCGCUAGACUGUUCGAAAACAGCCGCGCGAAAACACACCAGCUCAGCUGUUGACAACAACUAGUCAAGUUUGAGCUUUUAUUGGUAAAGCUGUGUACUGAAUUAUCAGAUAUGAAGCCUGUUAGAGGUUCCAGCAGGGCUGCAUCUAAAGCACCAAACCCAAAGAAGAAGAGAAACCCAAAGCAGACAGAACAACAGCUUCAGGUAAAGGAGAAGCAGCCAAAACCAGCACGGAAGAGGAAAGCUGACGGCUCAUCUUCAGUCCCUAAAACAAAAGGCAGCAAACGUGAGGAGAAGUGGAAGCUGAUGCCAGGAUCCUCCAUCAGAUCUCUGGAGAACAUCAUGGACCUGUCAAUACUAGCAACUUUUCCUUUGAGACUGAAAGAGAAGAAAGAGAGGCAGGAACAUCUGAACAUACUGAAAAACAGGUUUCUUGCUCAAUGUGCAGAGCUCAAAGUUCCAGUGCAGAAACAAAAAGAUUUGGAGCAUUCAUCUCAACGUCUCAACAAAGAGGAGGCCAAGAACUCAGUGGUUGGAAAGACGACUCUGAGCGCUCUGGAGAAAGACCUGAAGGCUGUGGUCCGUGCUCUGGAGAAGAUAGACGAGCAGACUGUUUCUUUACAGCAUACAUGCAGUAUGCUGAGAGACCAUGUGGAGGAGGAGGAGGAGAAAGCUAACGAGCUCUUACAGAUAGCUGCACAAGCAGAACUCAACCUUCCACCUCUACCUCCACAAAAAGAUGAAACAACAUUAGAGGCUCGAUUGAGAAAAAUCAUACCAGACAGUGACUCUGAGACCACCGCCCGGAAACUGGGAGAAAUCCUACAGAAAUCAGAGGCCAUUGAAGAUGACCAGGCGCUGCUUCUAGAGGCACACAAACAAGCAGAUCAGCUCUUCAGCCCUGGCUUCACCUUGCUCAGUGGUGCACCUUGUUGAGACGGAAACCACCAGUUCCCUGCUUACACAGGUCUGAAAUAUAUAUAUAUAUUUUUCUUUUUUAAGGACAUUUAUAGAUGUACGAAGUUUGCAAGUGUGCACACAUUGUUGAGAGCUUUGGUGUUUGAGGAAGUAUUACUUGGUCUUAAUAUUACUCAGUUCUACUUUUUUGUGGUUGUGGAAUACCUGCAACAAAAUGAAAAAAUUGCAGCCACUAUGUGAAAAAUAAGGAAAUGUCCAACUUUGGUGGCAACAGUAGUACUAAAAAAAAGAGACACUGAGGCAGACAGCAAAUUAGUAAUUAUUUGAAAGAAAAGUUUAAACCAUUCAGUUUCUUUAAGUUUGGAAAAACAAUUUGGUAAAAUACAAGGAGCAUCAUAUAAGCAGAUAAAUUAAGACAAAAACUGACAUUAAUUUCUACUUCUUUCUCAAUAAACCAUUUUCUUUAUUUCUUUUUUUUUAUUAUGUUUUGGAGUUUUUAAAUAUUGGAAGCUAAGGCAGCUACAGAGGCAGACUGGAAACAAGGGGAGAGGGGGAGGGGUGUGAUAUGAAACAAAGGUCAGCACUGUGGAGAGAAUUGAACCACGCAUGUUGCGGUUAAGGGUAGGCAAUAUGUCGAAUAUACUCAAUGUAUCGCGGCUUGUUCCAUGUGGGAUGUAGGGGUGUGUGUUUUUGGAUCUGGAGGGAAGCAGGGAACAGAGAAAGAGCCUGCGGAGACCAGAAGAAGGGAAGCGCCAAAACAAGUUUAUACGUGUUCAGGUCGGAAAAGGUGAUGGAAGAUGCAAGCAUCCACUUCAAAAAAGAAGUUACCGCUUUAAUAAUCUUCACAAUCUCUGAACAUAUGACACAUACUGGUUUUGAACUACCUGUGGGAAGAAUGAACAUGUAAGAGUCUGUCCACUCUGGAUAAAAAGCUCUGUUUUCGCUGUCCACUUUUCUCUUUUCAAAGCACACCACCUUUUUCUCCAGCUGUUGCCUCUUGUCUCGUCUCUCCCAUGUGUGUCUGUCUCACUCACUGACACGAGUCGCAAUGCUUAUCAGAACGCACUGAUUUGAUUGGCUGAGUAGCAUGACGUGAGAAGAUUUACAAUGCAUGGUUUGUGAGUUUCCUGGGCCGCUAAACCAGUGCCGUAAAGAAACGAUCUGUCAAAAUGUAAUAAUUCUCAAUAAUUAAGCGGUUAUAGGUCCAAUGUAUAUCGCGAUAUAGCCUAAAAAUAUCGAGAUAUUAUUUAGAAACCAUAUCGCCCAACCCUAGUUGCGGAUAUGUGGUAUACGCCUUAACCAUUCAGCUACCCGUGUGCUCCUUCUCUAGUGCCCUGCCCUCAGUAUUUUACAGCAUUCAAUUAUAUAUAAGUGAUUAAAUUAUAAUUAAAUUGACUGUUGCACUUGUUUUGUUUUCUUUAGUAGAAGAUUUUCCAACUUCUCCGUAGUCGAGCCUAAACACCAGAACACAUAAACUUCAUUAAACAAAUACUAUACUUGUAAAUAAAGACUAACUGGUUGUUCA